UUUCUCCUCCUUGUGCAUCUAGUGUUUGACUCCUCAGCAGAAAUGUUCAUUUUCUAUUAGCUACAGUUCUAUCUCCUUUUUUCCCCCAAACUUUUUUAUCAAUUUUUCUUUUGGUGAUCGUUGCGAUCACUCGCAGCCCCAGGGCUCAGGUUAAGACGCCCGGUGUUUCCUCGUAGAGUAGUGUGCACUCAUGGGCCUCGUUUUAAGCUGGCUUUGGAGCCAGAAACAGGUGGCACCAGAAGUCGGCUUCACACGGGACCAGGUGGCGCCCUCAGCAGAGGCGGCGGUGGAACCUCCUCCUGAGGCACAGGUCCAGUCUGUUGAUGCCACAGUCCUUACAGUGGAACCAGAAAAGACGCAUGAUGUCUGUGAGCCAGAGACUAAAGACGCAGUCUCCGAGGCUGACCACACAGAAGACAAGACUGUGACUGAAGUCACUGAAGAACCUGUGGUGGAAGAACCCGCCCUCCAGGUGUCGCCAGAGGCAGAACCUGCGACAACUGAAAAUGCAUCGGAAACGGUCGAGGUGGAGAAGGAGGAGGAGACCGUGAUGGUGGAGGCGGAGGAACCACAGGAGAAGACCGAAGACGCCGUGAUCAUCCCAGCUCCUGUCGAAGAGGAGAAAAAGAAUGAAGCUGAGGUGGAAGUGAUGGCUGAACAGAUUGAACCUGAAGUCCCAGCUGAGCCUCUGACAACCACACAGUUGUGCAGUGUCCCUGAAGUUCCACUAGGUGCGACUCUUGUGCCUGACGUGAAUGGGGUCACACCUGAGGCCUCCGACACCAUGGUGGAUGACUUUGCCGUCACAGACUCCGUCACAGCAGUGGAGGAAACUGUUGCCGACUCAGCAGUUGCACAGCAGGAGGCUUCAAAUUUGGAAUCACUGCUUCCAGGAGAACUCAAGACAGAAACCUGUGAAAUGACCUGUCAGAUGCAUCUAGCCAUGGAGUCUGUGCAGCUUGGCUCAAUGGAAAUGUCCAUGGAGAAAACCUUGAACGGACACAUCGUUCCAGAGGUUUCCAUCUAAGGCUAGAGCCACGGGACGGUGCUCGGCAGACGUUCCUUCUCUUUAUUUCCGGUCACCAUUUUCGAAGACUGAAGGCUUUAGGCAGAGUUUUGUCGUAGACUUUGUGUUUGUAUGAAUGUCUUUGGACGGAAGUGUCGGAACAUGUCGAAGGAUCGUCAGUUUUACUAUGUGCCUUUUCUGACGCCGUUCCCCGUGAAAACCAAACCAAAAUCAAACGUUUACCGGAAAAAAGUUCGCAGUUUACAGUUUGCAAAGAAAAAGCAGAUAGAAGGCGACUUUAAAAUCUCUAUUCCAGAUUCAUGUUCAGUGAAUAAGCAUGACAACUGGAAAUGAACGGCAGUGGCUGGUAAUCUUUUUUUUAAUCUCUC